AUGUCCACCCCCGUCGCCAUCCCGCCGCGCGAGCGCAGCGGCUCGGCCACGCUGUCCUCUGCGCGGAGCCCGAACUCGAACUCGCUCUCCCGCUCCCCCGUCACGGCGACGACGAUCGAGUACGCGUCCACUGCCCCGCAGGCGUCUACGGGCCACGACGAGGCGCAGGACGAAGACGUCCCCGCGCACCUGUACCAGAAGCUGCCGCGGCAGUACCUCGAGAAGGGCAAGGGCGGGCAGGACGUCCCGGACUACCUCCGCAUGAUCCUCAUGUCUAAGGUGUACACUGCCCCUCUGAACCUGCAGGAGACGCCGCUCACGCACGCGGUGAACCUGUCCAAGCGCCUUGGCUGCGAAAUCUGGCUGAAGAGGGAGGACCUGCACCCGGUCUUCUCGUUCAAGAUCCGGGGCGCGUACAACAUGAUGGCCUCUCUGUCCGCCGAGGACAAGGCGCGGGGUGUCGUGACGUGCUCGGCGGGGAACCACGCGCAGGGCGUUGCGCUCAGCGGCAAGGCGCUCGGUAUCCCCGCCACUGUUGUUAUGCCCUUGUCAACCCCCUCGAUCAAGGUCAACAACGUGCGGCGCCUGGGCGGCAACGUCGUCCUGCACGGGCAGGACUUUGACGCGGCCAAGGCCGAGUGCCUGCGUCUCGAGAAGGAGAAGGGGCUGACGUUCAUCCCGCCCUACGACGAUCCCUACGUCGUCGCGGGCCAGGGCACGAUUGCGAUGGAGAUCUGCCGCCAGGUCGCGGACCCCGAUGCGCUGGACGGCGUCUUUGGCUCGAUCGGCGGCGGCGGCCUCUGUGCCGGCAUUGCGGCGUAUAUGAAGCGCGUCGCGCCCCGGACCGCAGUGUACGGCGUUGAGACGGUCGACGGCGACGCGAUGGACAAGUCCCUCAAGGCCGGACACCGCGUCGUCCUCCCCGAAGUCGGCCCCUUUGCGGACGGCACGGCCGUCCGCCUCGUCGGCGAGGAACCCUUCCGCGUGUGCCGGGAGCUGCUGGAUGGCGUCGUCAUCGUCGACAACGACGAGAUCUGUGCCGCCAUCAAGGACGUGUUUGAGGGUGAGCCACAUUCCCCUGUAUCCGCUGACAAGCAGAAACGCGCUCGAUCCCCGAACCCUCUGGCGCGCUCGCGCUCGCGGGCCUGA